UACAGUCAUGUCCUGUUCUGCUAAGAAGAAACAUAUAAUGCUCGACAACAGCUGAUGUGCUUCUGUAUCAUUAAAAACACUGGGUAAUUUUUGUGUCAAAUAGAUUUCCGGAAGAUUCGGACGCGCAGCGAAUAUCAAAACAGCCGCGAUCGACGGUAAACGUGAAGAAGCGUUCUCCUACACAUCAUGGCUUCUCGUAAGAAGGUGCUGCUCAAAGUGAUCAUCCUAGGGGAUUCUGGAGUUGGGAAGACCUCUUUGAUGAACCAGUAUGUGAAUAAUAAGUUCAGUAAUCAGUAUAAGGCCACUAUCGGAGCCGACUUCCUGACCAAGGAGGUGAUGGUGGACGACAGACUGGUCACCAUGCAGAUUUGGGACACGGCAGGUCAGGAGAGAUUUCAGUCUCUCGGCGUGGCUUUCUACCGAGGGGCCGACUGUUGCGUGCUGGUCUAUGAUGUCACGGCACCCACUACAUUCAAGACUAUGGACAGCUGGAGGGACGAGUUUCUCAUUCAGGCCAGUCCACGUGACCCAGAGAACUUCCCCUUUGUUGUGCUGGGAAACAAAAUCGACCUGGAGAACCGACAGGUAACAACGAAGCGAGCACAAGCAUGGUGUCAGAGUAAGAACAACAUCCCCUAUUUUGAGACCAGUGCCAAAGAAGCCAUUAACGUGGAGCAGGCCUUCCAAACCAUCGCUCGCAAUGCACUUAAACAGGAGACUGUGGACACGUAUGAUUUCCCUGACCAGAUUAAACUAAGAGAUGACAGACCCGCGUCUACCAGUGACGGCUGCAGCUGCUGAAGGAGAGAUGAAACUGGGGAGGGAAGAGAAAGAGCAACAUGGGAAAGGAAGAAAGGGAGAGAUGGAAGAGAUCCAGGCCUGUAAUUCUAGCACCCAUCCUCCCCUUUUCCUCCUUUGAAACCUCCAGGGUGUCAAAUGCCACAUGUGAAAGCAGAACAUCCAUUUUCUUGCUGAACUCCAAGUCACGUGUGGUAUGAUGAACUAUUGAGGAAC